AUGACAUGUAACGAAACCAUUGAGCAAAGUACAAACGACGAACAAGAUUACGAGGAAUACGACGAAAGCAUGAUGCCUGAGAAUCUUCCGCAAGAGAUCGAGCAACUCGAGAAUCAAGAGAAACCAAACUUGGAUGAAACUGAGAUAGUUAACUUAGGAGACGACGAAAUAGUGAAGGAAACUCGAAUCAGCAUACACUUAGAAGCUGAACGGAAGCAAGAAUUGUUGGAAUUGCUUAAGCAGUAUGUCGACGUAUUUGCUUGGUCCUACGACGACAUGCCCAGGCUGAGCACCGAUAUCGUCUCUUAUAGGCUACUAACUGAUCCCACCCGCCCACCGAUCAAGCAAAAGCCAAGGAAGUUCAAUCCCGAUUUGAGUUUAACGAUCAAAGAGGAAGUCACCAAGCAGAUUAAAGCAAAUGUCGUGAGGGUUACAAACUACCCUUCCUGGUUGGCCAACAUUGUGCCCGUUCCAAAGAAGGAUGGAAAAAUCAGGAUAUGUGUGGAUUAUCGGGAUCUCAACAAAGCUAGAUAUCAUCAGAUUUUGAUGCAUGAGGAUGAUGCAGAGAAGACGGCGUUUACCACUCCAUGGGGAGUGUACUGCUACCGAGUAAUGCCAUUUGGCCUUAAGAAUGCUGCGAGAAAAGGUAUAGAGUUGGAUCCUUCAAAAAUCAAGGCAAUCCAAGACUUGCCCCCUCCGAAGAGCAAGAAAGAUGUAAUGAGUUUCCUCGGAAGGCUCAAUUACAUUAGUCGAUUCAUCGCACAGUCAACGGUGAUUUGUGAACCCAUAUUUAAGCUGCUGAAGAAAGAUGCUGCCACAAAAUGGACAGAAGAGUGUCAGAAGGCCUUCGACAGAAUCAAGGAGUACUUGUCCAGUCCACCCGUAUUGGUCCCGCCAGAACCGAAGGCCAUCAAAGGACAAGCAUUGGCGGACCACCUUGCAGAGAACCAGGUAGACAAUGAAUACAAGCCGCUUACAACCUAUUUUCCUGAUGAGGAAGUACUGUUCGCAGGAGAGGAUAUUUCAGAGCCUUACUCAGGAUGGAGGAUGUUCUUUGACGGAGCGUCAAAUUUCAAAGGAGUCAGAAUAGGAAGUUUUGGUUUCCGAGAUAGGUCAGCACUACCCUAUCUCGGCAAGAUCGAUUUCCCUGCACGAACAAUAUGGCAGAAUACGAAGCUUGCAUCCUUGGGCUUAGGAUGGCAGUUGCUAUGA